CGACUCUCUAUUUUUUUUACUGGCAAUAUAUUUCUGACUUGAGCUUCAAUAACUCGAUACCAAUUAUUUCCCAAAUAUUUCGCCAUGGCUCUGAGUGAAAUAAAUAGUGAAGAUAAAUUAUUACUAGACAAAAUAAUUUGGGCGAUUGAACUAUUAGGUUGUUGGCCUCUGAAUCGAUCAAUUAAACAAACAAUAUUAUUUGUAGUUUCUAUAACUUACUACUUAAUUCAUCUGUCAAUGUCAUAUACUGACUUGAUAAAUGUAUUCGGGAAUCUCGAGCUAAUGACGAUAAAUCUUAUGGAAACGGCUGUACAGAUGAUAGCAAUUAUUCGAUUGGUAUAUUUGAAAUUAUCUCCGCGUGUGAAAAAAACAAUUAUUUCAUACAAAGAAAAUUUAAAUAUCGAGCGUACCAAUGAUUCGACCGAAGUCAAAAUUUAUGAUUACUAUCGAUCAGUAGCUAAAUUAUACUUUUCUAUAAUAAUGCCAUUUUCGGCAAUGACUUCAUUCGCCUGGUAUUUAAUGCCUCUUCAAAAUUGUUUUAUCGCUUGGUUAAAAAAUGAACCGGUAAUUUUGGUACCGCCGUACAAAGUCGUUUAUGUUUUUUUCAAUCUCACGUCAAUAGAACAAGUCAUUGUGGCUUACAUUUAUCAAGCUCCUAUGUCGUUUCUCCCAUUGGGAUUCAUCGCAAUUAUUUGUCUGAAAAUAGUUAUUAUUGCAAACGUUUGCUCGCAACUGGCAGUACUUUCUUACAGGAUCAAAAAUUUGAAUUUUAAAGAUAAUAAUAAAAAAUUCAGUGUUUUUGGUUACAUUGUACGCAAGCAUUGGGGACUAGUGAGGUUUAUUAUGGAAAUUGAUGAUACUUGGACACUAAUUUUUUGCUUCGAACUAGUGUUGUCGACUAUUUUAUGCGCUUUGGUAACGUACAAUGCAGUUAUGGCGAUUGGUAAUAAGGAUAAAAUUGAAAUAAUUUCACUAUUCACUUACGUGAUUUCUUCUCUAUUAAUUUUGUUCGCCAACUGCUUAAUGGGGGAAAUGCUAAAAUUCGAAAGUGAAAAUCUUCAGGAAGCACUUUACUCAUGUGACUGGUUUGAAAUGUCGAUAAAUCAUAAGCGUUCUUUAUUAAUUUGUAUGACUCGAUCUCAGAUUCCGUUGCAAUUGACUGCUGGGAAAUGUUACGUUUACUCAUUUAAUGCUUACGUACAGAUUGUAAAAUCUGCAAUGGGAUGUGUCUCGUUACUACGAACUUUAACCAUAUUUAUUGUAUUCGAUUUAGCGACAAGUUGUCAUCAAUUGUUGAGCACGCUGACAAGUUGCAGAAUUUUGACGUCUUCAGCUACAAGUUUACGUCAAGUUGCGGACGAAAUGGCUAUCUGGAAAAAAAUAGAAGAGGCAGGACUACUACUUGGAUUAGACCAAAUGGCUUGGAUAAUAAAUUUGGUCGGAGCUUGGCCGAUUCAGCGGACAUUAAAACGCAAUAUAAUUUUUUCUAUGUACUUAGUGUAUCAUAAUUUAUAUCUUGUAACAUCUUACAGUUAUUUAGUGAUUGUGUUCGGUAAUCUAGAACUCAUGACAGGAAAUUUAAUGGAGUCGGCGAUACAGUCGAUGACAUUAAUUAGACUACUCACGAUAAAUUUGUCACCUCAAUUAAAAAAAAAUAUUUUUGUGGUACGACAGAAUUUGAGUAAAAAACAUUACGAAGAUUCAACGGAGAAAAAUCUUUAUGACAGAUAUUAUUUGAUAGCUAAAAAAUAUUGCACAUUUACGAUGAUUUUCACUGUCGUAACGUCAGUCAGUUGGUAUUUUAUGCCGAUACAAACUUGUGCUAUAUCUUGGUUUUUAAAUAAACCAGUUGUUUUAGUGGCACCUUAUAAAGUUCAUUUAUUUUUUAACGUAUCGUCAAUAAAACGAACUGUUAUACUCUACAUUAUUCAAUCGCCUCUGCAAUAUCCGCCAAUAUGUUGUGCGGCGACAAUUAACGUGAACGUUAUCAUUAUAACAAACAUUUGUGGUCAAAUGGCUAUUUUUUCUCACAGAAUUAAAAAUUUAAAAACGAACGACUCGUCGAAAAAAGUGUUUAAUAAUAUUGUUAAUAAACACUUGGAACUGGUCAGAUUAACGAAAAAUUUUGAAGAGUCUUGGACUAUAAUUUUUGGUUUUGAACUCGUAGUUACGACUAUUUUAUGCGCCUUGGUUUUAUACAACGCACUGAUGGCGGUUAGUGCCGACGAUAAAAUAGGAUUAAUUUCAUUAGUAGCUUACGUAUAUGCAUCAUUAUUAUUUUUAUUCGCAAAUUGUUUGAUGGGUGAACUGCUCAAAUUUGAGAGUCAAAAUCUCAUGGAAUCAUUAUACAUUUGCGAUUGGUAUAAUAUGUCAACAAAUAACAGACGCGCACUGUUAAUUUGUAUGACUCGCGCUCAACUUCCGCUAGAAAUAACCGCCGGAAAAUUUUAUGUUUACUCGUACAAUGCAUACAUAAAGAUUAUUAAAUCUGCAAUGGCUUACGUGUCAAUGCUGCGAACUCUAACAAUGUGA